AUGAAUUUUUUCCAUAGUAUCUUAAACACCAUUAAAGAUGCGAUAAAGUGCGAGGACAUCUCUAAAGCGCGGUACACCAAUGUUGAAAAGUUACACACAUCACAGUUUAGUAAGGUCUACAAGUGUCAAUUGCGCGACACGAUGAAGGAUGUGUGUGUCAAAAUUUAUCAAGUCCGCAAGUGUGCCAAAAUUAGCGAAGACACUGAAGGACAGAUUCUGAACGAGAUAUCGAUCAUACGCAAAGUUAACCAUCCAUGUAUAUUAGGGUGUUCCAAUGUCUUUUUAACAUCGCACAGAGCAGUCCUAGAAAUGGAUUUUAUGCAUGGGGGUGAUUUAUAUGAUUAUUUAGUGAGUAAUGGUAUUCAAUGUGAGAAGAACACUAAGAUAGUAAUGCUUCAACUCUUAAGUGCGUCGCGAUACCUCCACUCGAUGAAUAUCGUCCAUCGCGACAUUAAACUUGAAAACAUCUUGUUAACACGCUCCAAUCGCAUUGAAGAAGUCAAGCUCUCCGACUUCGGGCUUUCCGUUGAAAUCGACGAGAACUCAGUCUUAACGGAUCAGGUCGGGACGUCCUAUUAUAUGGCACCCGAGUUGUAUCGAAAAGAACCUUACGGGUUUAAAGUCGACAUCUGGGCAUGUGGUGUUGUGAUGUAUUCCCUCCUCUUCGGGAAAUUCCCGUUUGACGGAGAAGGACAGGAACUCGUCGCUAACAUCCUCAGAGGCAAAUUCACCUUCCCAAAAGAAGUCUCUGAUAACGCGAAAAGCCUGUUGAAAGGACUUCUCGCAACAAAAGUCACUGAACGGUUCUGUUCGAAGAACGCAGUCAAAAGUGCUUUCUUCGACGGAGAGGAAAUCGUCGGAGAUACUACUCCCCUCGACAACGAAAUGAUUAACUGCAAGUCAGAAAGUCUUGUCAGUCAUAUGACGGCUGUCGACACGACUUGCGAGAACCCGUCGGAAAUCUCGGAAGAUAAAUAA